CCGUAGUGAUCGCAUUAUCACCUCCAUCUCACUGGACAGCCAGCAUCGUAUUGUCUCUCAGAGACGCAAACAGUUGAGUACCUUUGGGGAAGCCCACCCCCCGAGUGGCCACCAUGGGGGACGAUAGCGAGUGGAUGAAACUUCCCAUCGACCAGAAAUGUGAACACAAGGUGUGGAAAGCCCGUCUGAACGGAUACGAAGAAGCUCUGAAGUUGUUCCAGAGGAUAGGAGACGAGAAGAGUCCAGAGUGGGGGAAGUACCUGGGACUCAUCAAGAAGUUUGUCACCGACUCAAAUGCAGUGGCUCAGCUUAAAGGCCUGGAGGCUGCUCUGGCCUUCAUCGAGAACGCUCAUGUUGCUGGGAAGACAACGGGCGAGGUGGUGUCAGGCGUGGUGACCAAAGUGUUCAACCAGCCGAAGGCCCGGGCCAAGGAGCUGGGAGCCGACAUCUGUCUGAUGUACAUAGAGAUAGAGAAGGCCGAGGUGGUGCAAGACGAGCUGCUCAAAGGACUGGACAACAAGAACCCCAAGAUAGUAGUGACCUGCCUCGAAGCACUCAGGAAGGCUCUCAGUGAGUUCGGAUCAAAGAUAGUGACUCUGAAGCCGGUAGUGAAGAUUUUACCCAAACAGUUUGAGUCCAGAGAGAAAGCGGUGAGAGACGAAGCCAAGCAGCUCGCCAUAGAGAUCUACAAAUGGAUCCGAGACGCUCUGAGACCUCCGCUGCAGAACAUCAACUCUGUGCAGCUGAAGGAACUGGAGGAGGAGUGGGUGAAGCUACCUACAGCUCCUCCCAAGCAGAGCAGGUUCCUGCGCUCCCAGCAGGACCUGAAGGCAAAGUUUGAACAACAGCAAGCACAAGGAGAACCGUCUGAUGGAGAGGAUGAGGAGGAAACGGUGGCAGCAGUAGAUCCUUAUGAACUGCUGGAAGCUGUUGAGAUUCUCUCCAAGAUGCCCAAAGACUUCUAUGACAAAAUAGAAGCUAAAAAGUGGCAGGAGAGGAAAGAAGCUCUGGAAGCUAUAGAAACUCUGGCUAAGAACCCCAAACUAGAGAAUGGAGACUAUGGAGACCUGGUCAGAGCCCUGAAGAAGGUUGUGGGGAAAGAUGCAAACGUGAUGCUGGUGACACUGGCAGCCAAAUGUCUAGCUGGACUGGCUGCUGGUCUCAGGAAGAAGUUUGGAACAUAUGCAGGACAAGUGGUUCCAACCAUUCUGGAGAAGUUCAAAGAGAAGAAGCCUCAGGUUGUCCAGGCUCUGCAGGAAGCCAUCGACGCCAUCUUCCUCACUACUACUCUACAGAACCUGUCAGAGGACAUUCUGGGUGUGAUGGACAAUAAGAACCCUUCCAUUAAACAGCAAGCCUCUCUGUUUCUGGCCCGCUCCAUCAGACACUGCACCCAGGCCACACUGCCCAAGAGUGUCCUCAAACCCCUCUGUGCUGCCCUCAUAAAGCAAGUGAACGACUCGGCCCCAGAGGUGCGAGAUGCCGCUUUCGAAGCUUUGGGGACGGCCAUGAAAGUGGUGGGAGAGAAAGCCGUGAACCCUUUCCUCACCGAUUUGGAUAAACUCAAACUGGACAAGAUAAAGGAGAGUGCCGAUAAAGUGGAGCUCGCAGGAGGGAAGAAGGGUGCAGGAGGAGGAAGUGGAAGUGCAGCUGGAGACAAGAAGCCUGCAGCUAGAGCUCCUCCUGCUGCUGAAGCUCCAACCAAAUCCACAGCCCCACCCAAGAAGACCCCAGCUGCUGGCGGCAAGUCGUCAGGUCCACCUAAGAAAGGCAAACCUGCUGCACCCGGUGGGAAAGCCAAAAAGGGCACUGAUAAUAAAGAGGUGGCAGAGACUGAAUUGUCGGUUGAGGUGUGUGAGGAUCUGGCAGCAGGUGUCCUUCCUGCCUCCUGUCUACAGCAACUGGACUCAUCUAACUGGAAGGAGAGACUGGCCAGUAUGGAGGAGUUCCAGAGGGCUGUUGAAACCAUGGAUAAGGCGCAGAUGCCCUGUCAGGCUUUAGUCAGGAUGUUGGCCAAGAAACCGGGCUGGAAGGAGACCAACUUCCAGGUGAUGCAGAUGAAGCUCCACAUCGUCGCUCUCAUCGCAGAGAGGGGACAGUUUUCCAAGACGUCAGCCACCGUGGUUUUGGACGGCUUGGUGGAUAAAGUCGGAGAUGUUAAAUGUGGCGGAAAUGCCAAAGAGGGACUGACUGCUAUUGGACAGGCUUGUUCACUGCCAUGGACUGCAGAACAGGCUAUGUCUAUGGUGUUUGCACAGAAGAACCCCAAGAACCAGGCAGAGACUCUCAACUGGCUGGCUAAUGCUAUGAAGGAGUUUGGCUUCGCUGGUAUCAAUGUGAAGGCUUUCAUCAACAAUGUGAAGACAGCUCUGGGAGCGACUAACCCGGCUAUUCGAACGGCAGCCAUCACCCUGCUGGGAGUCAUGUACCUCUACAUGGGAGCUCCCCUCCGCAUGUUCUUUGAGGAUGAGAAGCCGGCUCUCCUCGCACAGAUAGACGCUGAGUUUGAGAAGAUGCAGGGUCAGUCUCCACCAGCUCCAAUCAGAUUAACCAAGAAGGCAGCAGCAGCAGCAGAGGAGGAGGGUGAUGAUGGAGAGGAGGGGGAAGAAGACGGAGGUGGAGGAGGAGGACAGGAUAUCAUGGACCUGCUUCCCAGAACAGAUAUCAGCGACAAGAUCACAUCUGACCUGGUGUCUAAAAUCGGAGAUAAGAACUGGAAGAUCAGGAAGGAGGGUCUGGACGAGGUUGCGGCCAUCAUCUCAGAGGCCAAAUUCAUCACAGCCAACAUAGGAGAGCUGUCUCUGGCCCUGAAAGGACGACUGGGAGAUUCUAACAAGAUCCUGGUCCAGCAGAGCCUGACUAUCCUGCAGCAGCUGGCUACAGCAAUGGGACCUGGACUAAAGCAGCAUGUUAAAGCACUGGGAAUCCCUGUAAUCACUGUACUGGGAGACAGUAAGGCUAAUGUCAGGGCGGCUGCUCUGGCCACGCUGCAGGCCUGGGUGGAGCAGACUGGGAUGAAGGAGUGGCUGGAGGGAGAAGAUCUGUCAGAGGAGCUGAAGAGAGAGAAUCCCUACCUACGACAGGAGGUGUUAGGAUGGUUAGCAGAGAAGCUGCCAACUAUGAGGACAGUACCUGGGGAUCUGAUGCUGUGCAUCCCCCAACUCUACGCCUGCCUGGAGGACAGGAAUGGAGACGUGAGGAAGAAAGCCCAGGAUGCCCUGCCCACCUUCAUGAUGCACCUGGGUUAUGAGAAGAUGACUAAGGCUACUGGGAAACUCAAGCCUGCCUCUAAGGACCAGGUGGUAGCCAUGUUGGAAAAAGCCAGAGCAGUGAUGCCAGCUAAACCUGCUGCUCCUGCCAAAGCUGGAGGAGGAAAAGGCUCCGCAGAGCCAAGCAGAGCUGCCUCAGCCUCCAGGUCUCAGCCAGCCAAUGAGGACUUCCCUGACAGUAAACCUGAAGCUAAGAAAGUGAGAGGAGGAGGAGCCGCUAAGAAGCUCCCCUCUCCUCAAGAAGAACCCACCCCUCCCCCUCCCUCCAAGGACAAGGACAGUAAUGCUAGUAAAAAGCCCCCCGGCAAAGGGAAGGCUGCUGCUGGCAGUCAACAGGGUGCAGCUGCUAAGAAGCCCACAGCUAAAGGCGUGAAGGAUGAUGAAGAUAGGUCUGGGCCAAUCUUCGUCCUCAUCCCCAACGCUAAGGAGCAGAGGAUCAAAGAGGAGAAGCAGCUGAAGAUCUUGAAGUGGAACUUCACCACCCCACGAGACGAAUAUGUGGAGCAGCUGAAAACUCAGAUGUCCACCUGCUUUGCCAAGUGGCUCCAGGACGAGCUCUUCCACUUUGACUUCCAGAGACAUGUUAAAGCUAUCGGAGUCAUGAUGGAGAGGUUAGAGAGCGAGAGCGACGCCACCAUCAGCUGUCUGGAUCUGAUCAUGAAGUGGUUCACCCUGCGAUUCUUCGACACCAACACCACAGUCCUGAUGAAGGUGCUGGAGUAUCUGAAGCUGCUGUUCGCCAUGCUCAACAGAGAGAACUACCACCUCACUGAAUACGAGGCCAACUCCUUCGUCCCUUACCUCAUACUGAAGGUCGGAGAGUCAAAGGAUGUAGUUCGUAAAGAUGUUCGAGCCAUUCUGACCAUGCUGUGUAAAGUUUACCCAGCAUCCAAGGUCUUCCCUUUCCUCAUGGAUGGAACCAAGUCCAAGAACUCCAAACAAAGAGCUGAAUGUCUGGAGGAGUUGGGUUGUUUGAUAGAAAGCUACGGGAUGAAUGUAUGCCAGCCCACUCCAGCUAAGUGUCUGAAGGAGAUCGCUGUCCACAUCGGAGACAGAGACACAUCAGUCCGUAAUGCCGCCCUGAACACCGUGGUGGCCGUCUACAACGUCUGCGGAGAACAAGUCUACAAACUAAUAGGAAAUCUGUCAGAGAAAGACAUGAGCAUGCUGGAGGAGAGGAUCAAACGCUCGGCUAAGAAGGCACCCGCACCUCCGGCCAAGCAGACCACAGCAGAGAGAACUCAGAGGGAGCACCCGACCAACCCCAAUGCCACAUUCCUCCGCAAGCCUGCGCAGGAAGACCCCAACAAACUCAACCAAGCCCGUCAGAACGCCCAGCACAGCGAGUCCUCCCACCCAUCCAUCCCCAAGGAGUUCCAGUUAGACCUGGACAUGAUCGAGAUGGACCAGAGCAGAGUGUGUGAGCUGCCAGACCUCGUCCAACACAAGCUGGAUGAGCUGCUGGAGCCCAUCAUGAUCCCCGAACCCAAGAUGAGAGCUGUCUCGCCUCACUUUGAUGACCUCCACAACAGCACAGCCUCCACCAUCAACUUUGUCAUCUCUCAGGUGGCGAGUGGUGACAUCAACACCAGCAUACAGGCACUGGCACAGAUUGAUGAAGUGUUGCGUCAGGAAGACAAAGCAGAGGUCAUGUCAGGUCAUAUCGACCAGUUCCUCAUCGCCACCUUCAUGCAGCUGAGGCUCCUCUACAACACACACAUGGCUGACGACCGGCUGGACAAGAGGGACAUCUUUAAACUGUACAGCUGCAUCAUAGGAAACAUGCUGUCUCUGUUCUCUAUGGAGCCUCUGGCCAGAGAAGCAUCUAUGGGUGUGUUAAAGGACCUGAUGCACGGUCUGAUCACACUGCUACUGGACCCCAGAGUGGAGGACAUAGAAGAGGGACAGCAGCUCAUCAGAUCUGUCAACCUGCUGGUAAUUAAAGUCAUGGAAAGGUCUGACCAGACCAACAUACUCAGUGCUCUGCUGGUUUUGCUUCAGGAGAGUUUAGUCACAACAGCUGGGUCUCCCAUGUUACCUGAACUAGUCAUGAAGUGUCUGUGGAGGAUGAUCCGCUUCCUCCCAGAGACCAUCAACAACAUCAAUCUGGACCGGAUCUUACUGGACGUCCACAACUUCAUGAAGGUUUUCCCCAAAGAGAAACUCAAGCAGCUCAAGAGUGACGUCCCACACAGAACCCUGAAGACCCUGUUACACACACUGUGCAAGCUCACCGGGGCCAAGAUCCUGGAUCACCUGUCAAUGAUAGAGAAUCGUAAUGAGUCAGAGUUGGAGGCUCAUCUGAGGCGAGUGGUCAAACACUCUGGAAACCUGUCUGGAUACAAAUCUGACAGAGGCAACGAGAAGACUGGUCUGCGCACGGAGGAUCGCAUGUCAAAGGCAAAGGUCAGUGAUAUCCUGACUGAAAUCUUCAAGAAGAUCGGCUCCAAAGAGAACACGAAAGAGGGUUUGACAGAGCUGUACGAGUACAAGCAGAAGUACUCAGAUGUAGAUUUGGAGCCUUUCCUCAAGAACACCUCCCAGUUCUUCCAGAGCUACGUGGAGCGAGGACUCCGUAUGAUCGAGUCUGACAGAGAGGGAAAAGCUCGCAUCCAGACCUCAACAGUGAUCCCUCAGCACAGCGCUGACUCCAACCUGACCAGCAACAACGAAGAGCUGAAACCAGCCGUUUACUACGAGAGACUGAAGAUCCUGAGACAGAGACAAGGCCUGGAAAACACCUCCAGACAGGGUCUGGGUGGAGGCGAGGACGAGCCCCAGCAGCGACCAGCCAUCUCCUCCCUGCUGUCGUCCAAGCCGUCGGUGGCGUCCUCCACAGACAUGCUCCACAGCAAGCUGUCCCAGCUCAAAGAGUCCAGAGAGCUGUACCAGCAGGAACACAACGUGCACUCCCACUCCCCCACCCACGGCCACACCCGCUCCGCCUCGCCCGCAGCCAACCUGGACGACCUGAAGAAACGUCUGGAGAGGAUAAAGAGCAACAGGCAGUAGGAGUGCCGCCCCCAAAAACCCACCCGCCCCC